UAUUUACAUAUGUACUAUGUAUGGCAGUUAUGUAGGCUAGAAUACUACUAGAAACUGGAGACUGGACCGCAUAAGCAGUUUCCAGUACCGGCUAACUCCUGUCUCACAAGGAUCAUGGUACACCGACGAUAAUCAACAAGCCCAUCCAAAUGUCAUCAGCGAUAUGUAUAUGUAGGUGUGGGCGAUGGUCUUGGCACUUUUAGAAAGGGUAGCGUGGUCUAUAUGAAUCCAGGCACACCUGGCCAAGGGUUCCUGGCGUUGUACGGUCUUUCGGGUUGUUAGUCGAAAAGCACGAUCGACGAUACAGCAGGCUUAAAUACACACAUAUGUCCACCCACCUUGAACCUCGCUCAUUAUUAUCUAUACGUCUCAAACUAUGAACGCAACCAGUUUUAUAGUCGGUCCAUUGAAAUACAGUCGAAAUUCGCCAUCUUUUUAAUUAUCUAACCUAGGCUCUAGAAUCACCAGAGCUUAUAUAGCACGGCAGUGACUCACUGAACGUCAUCCUUUUCGAACAUAGCAUCGAAACGGUCGUCCAAAUUUUUCGACAAUGUGUGAUUAUACCCAGGUAGAAUAUUGUUGCCAGCAUUUUCGCUUUGUGGUACAGAGAUGGUGUUCAGUAUAUGAGAGAACAAACAAGGUCUGCGCACCGAACGUGACGCAUUUGGAAAUAAGACAUGAUGAAUUAUGCUGUAAGCUCCCCUCAUCCUCUCACUUGCAGAUUUUUGCAAGGAUCCUCCCGCAGAUAUCGACAUUUAGAAGACACCCCCACCUUGUGCUCUGGGACAUAACGAAACAACGCAACUCGCAUAUCAAUCUUCCGGCUUGAGAACCCUUACCCCCCAUGGAGGAGAAAGUGGGAGAGAGAGAAACAUUUUGCUUUUUUUUAUUACUAAAUUUUAGGACUUACUAACAGUCUCUAGCUGAUUGCCGGCCGCGAUCACCGCCACCAUGGGAGUAUAUGAUCAGGAGAAGCAAGAGCUCUACACCAUACAUCUAAACCAAAUUCGACAACCGAGUUACACGGCAUAUUAAGGAAAUAACAGGAGUUGAAAUGCUUUGGAUUGUUUCAAGGAUAUAGAUCAUCAGCACAGUGCCGGUUCACUUUGUAUCCGGUCAUGCUACACGUUUUUCAAUUAUGGGCAUUUUUGAGGAGUGGGGAGCACAUCAGUGUGGCCAAAAUAGGAUCUGGCACGCUUGGAGUCUGGUGUUUUAGGUAAGAUUUAUGGUUAUGCGGCGUUAUAUGCGACUGGGCUCCGGAAACCCGAGGGUAGCGUCUUCAAGCGUGGUGUAAGAUGACUUGGAUAGGAAGGACAUAGUAUUUCGUUAUACCAUUGAUUGUUGGUACUCAAGGAAUGUCGUAAGGCGGUAAAGCGCAUGGCCAACCUGGGAGAAAGGCUGCAUGUUUCCCGUAGACGGAUACAAGUGAUCACAAUACACAAAGUCCGAAUCUUA